AUGAAGAAGAAAUCCAUGAGUACCCUCGCCUCCUUGGCGCCACGGCGUCGGGAUAAGGGCAACACCAACAAGAAUAGGGCUAUCGAUCCCCAAGAGAUCUCGGCUCCUUCGCUGCCUACAUCGACGCCGGUUGCUGACCCUGCCCGGCGUCCCGUUGAAACCCCAGGCACCAGUGAGACCGUCGACCGUUUGGCCAGUGCUCUCCUCGAUAGCACUAUAUACGCCCAUCCCAACGGGCUUGCCAGCCAUCCGUCCGUCUUGCUAUGCAAUGUCGAGCCCUUCACCGCUGCGCCAGAAUCUUCCCCUAACAAUCUCGACAUGGAGAACAACAAUGGUGGCCCGGUUGUGGUCUACCCGAAUGAAGAGAACGCUGUCUCCGGUCAGACUCGUACCAAGACUAACGCCUUCGCCACACCUCCUGCCAUCCCUCGCAGGUCCUCUCGUCGCAGAGCGAAGCGCAACAAAAAGGUCGAAGUCUUUACGGACAUCCAGGCCCCGGUCCCCAAACGACCUUUCCCCCAGUCCAGGACCACUGUGCUUGACGCUGGCUUCGAUGUUGGCUUCGAAAUGGGUAAGAAGAGCGACCCUUUCAUCACAGGAUCUACGACAGCGCCAUUGGGCAGACUCGCAAAGCAGACAGGUGGCCGUACCGCACAUGACUUGGACGCUACCAGCCCCAACAUUGUCAAUGACAAGCUUGCCGCAAUGCUGGCUGCCACUGAGGCUCUGAAACCCGGGGGAUCUCAGAACAAUACCCCUGUCAGCUCGGCCAAGCCUUCGCGAUUCAAGAAGUCCAACAACUUGAUGUCCAAGGUCCGCAAGGCCUUUGACGUCUUUCAACCCAAGCCCACCACUCCUGAGUCUAAGAUUCGCGGCAAGAUCUCGGCGCCUGUCGGCUUGACCACUUGCGACUUGCCGAACCCUGCGACACACUACCAUCUGGAGGAAGUUGAACAACCGUCGCCGGUCAGCUCGAUCGAGAUUCGCCUGAACGAAGGCUCCAACCUUAACAACCAGAAGGUUCGAAGCAUUGUUGGAGGUCGCAUUCGGCGGAAGCCAGUUCCCGACGAUGGCAGAUCGCUCCGCAGUCGUGGCUCUGGCUCCGGCUCUGGGUCUGUCUCUAGCUUCCGCGGUGACCCUUUCUCCGAGCCCCUCCAGUUCACUCGCACGCCUACUCCCUUCGAGCAUCGUCUCAAGACGAGCAUUGAUUCGGACAGCAUUCCUCCGGUUCCUCGUCUUAACCCAUUCGAAUCCGAGAGAUACUUCGAUGACAAUCUCGAGGGCUUUCUCCCUGAUAAGCCUCUGUGUGCCUCCACACCCCGCAACCGAAAUGGAAAGAAGGCUGUCCCCUUUGAGAGCCCUUCUUACCGGUGUGCGAAGAUCGAUGGUCGUCACCAGCUUUCUGGCGGUGUAUCUGGUGGUAUUGGUCAGCGCAAGCUCAAGCUCGACCUGGAGGGAGUUCGCCUCUUUCACGACAACACCGACCUUAGCAUGAAGAAGCACCCUUCGCCUAGCAAGGCUGACUUGAACGACCUCGAGACCCAGUUUCGCGCCUAUGCCAUUGAGCAAAUUAAGAAGGCCCCUUCUCACGAGCAAGACGAGUUAGUCACUAAGUUCGCUGGUCUCAUUGGUCCCAACGCGCUCACUCCGCGUGACAAGAAUCUGCCGAUGAAGGCGUGCUCCAGCAAGGAGGAUACCGGCAACGAAUUCAGCGUCGUUUCUGAGCGCAAGUACACCCGCGAUGCUUCCGUUCUUUCUACCCGGCAGUCGCGCAUUCCGCGCCCUGUGGAGCCGGCUACCACACUUCCCACCCGUCGCUUCGGCCUCCAGCGCCAGCCCGCCAAUUUGAGCGCAUUGGAGAUUGACGAGUUGCAGUAG